CGCGGAGCGGGAGGGGGAGAGGGAGCGUGAGGGCCAGGGCGGGGGCGGCGGCCGCGAAGGGGGCCCGUGCUUUCUCCGAGUCGCAGACUCGCGCUCGGGCAGCCGCCGCCGCCGCCGCCGCCAUGUUGGCUUGAGGGCCGAUGACUGGGGGCGGCUGCGGCGCCGGGGACUGAAAAGUGGAGGAGGAGGCGGAGAGACAGAGCUCUGAGAGGAAACCCUUCCCGGGCUGAGAGGAAGGACCCGGCCUCUUCCGGGGACCAGCCGAAGUCGGCGUCGCGGGGAGCUCGCGAGGCCGGGGAGGGGAGGGGAAGGCGGAGACGGGGGAGGCGGAGGCGGCAGAGGAGCGCCGAGAAGCCGGAGGCGAUGCGCCCCGAGCCCCGCGGCUGCCCCGAGGCGCCCGCGGCCUGAGCCCCGACGGGCCGUGGGGUCUCCAGCCCGCCUCAUCUCCCCGCGCCCCCGGUUCGCCGCUCGGCUGCCCGGCCCGGGCUUGCGCUGCGGCUCCCAACGAGUUAAAUGCCCUUGAGCGCGGGUUUCCGCGGCCCGGCUCGCAGCCCCGGCCGCGCGAGCUGAGCUGUUUCCCCGCGCCGCCCGCCGGGGGACGCGUCCAUGUGUAGCCACAUAGUUAUCUGUGUACCUCGGCGCCGGGGCAUUCGCCUCCUGCUUAAUGAGGACUUGACUCGGGAGCAAGUGUGAAUCACUGCCGGGCUGGGAGAGGAGGCAGGCGAUUUAACCCCCUCCCACCCCGCUCCAUGUCCGUGUGUCACUCGGCUCGGUCCACCUGGCGCGGCCGGUCCUGGGGCGGCUGCUGUUGCUGCGGCGGCUGCUGACGACGACGACGGCGGCGGGGCUGCCGCUGCCACCCCGAGAGUUCCCUCCCGCUCCGGCCGCUCGGCUCCCGGCGACUGUUCCUCUUCGCUCGGAACCUCGGCCAGGCCGGCACUUGGGCUCCGAGAGAACUUAUUUUUUUUUGGAAAGCACAGCUCGAACCGUUCAGGAUCCCGAAGGUUGAUUUCCGUAGCCCGAAGACUUCUCUUUUUGGUUCGUCUUUUUUGAUUUUUUUUUUUUUUUUCUUCGCCAGUAUCUGGGUCUAUCUCAAACGGCAAGAUGUCCAGUAAUGUCCCGGCGGAUAUGAUAAAUUUGCGCCUCAUCUUGGUAAGCGGGAAGACAAAAGAGUUCCUGUUUUCUCCCAAUGAUUCUGCUUCUGACAUCGCAAAGCAUGUGUAUGACAACUGGCCGAUGGACUGGGAAGAAGAGCAGGUCAGCAGCCCAAAUAUUCUGCGCCUUAUUUAUCAAGGACGAUUUCUACAUGGAAAUGUCACAUUAGGAGCGUUGAAACUGCCUUUUGGCAAAACAACAGUGAUGCAUUUGGUCGCCAGAGAGACAUUGCCAGAGCCAAACUCCCAAGGUCAGCGGAAUCGCGAGAAGACUGGCGAGAGUAACUGUUGUGUCAUCCUGUAAACCCACUGCCGAGCCGGGUGCAACGUAGUCUCUGUCUUUCCUGCUGCUGGCGCCCAGGAGACCCAGCGUUGCUUCAGAACCUUUAGGAAGAGUCUCCCUGUAAACUCAUGGACCUGAACUAUCACAUGAACACUGUCACCCUUUCUCGUGAAAGUAAAAAGAACCGAGAACAUUUUUCACUAUGAUUCUUUAUUUCUAGUAUUUUUGUUUAUGUUGAGCAGUUUUAAAAUGUAUCGGUUUUUGAAUGCAAAUCAAUCUCCAGGGGAAAAGUUAAAAAGUUAUCUUUCAUAGCAGAAACUGUUUGCUGCCACAAAAGUUUUUAUCACCAGAACUAACAAAUGUUGCACAUACAGUUUGCACUAAAAACAAGUGACGUCAUUUUCUUCCGCAGCAGAAAUUGUGACAUGGCUUAUGGUAUCUAGAAAUACGCACACACGCACAUCCACACUGGAGGACACUCAGCAAUUAAUGAAGUGAAUAACUGGGCCAACUUGACAGGAAAAAAUGGAAAAGAAACUAAAAUGUUGGGUGAAUUCUACCACAAGUCAGCCAUGCUGGCUGCCCUGGCACGGGAUCCUAAAGUGAGCGCAGCUGUCUUCACGGCAACAGGGGAAAAACAAAGUGUGCCUGGUGUUGCAAGUCCUCAGCAGAGGGCUGAUGAGCCUAACGGCCGUUCCUUUAACACGCGCACCCCAGGCUGGCGGUAAGGAGAGCUGUUCACGCAGCCCCCGGGGAGUGCGCGGCCUAGCCUUAAUGCAGGGGCGCGUCUGGCCGCUCGGAGACAUCUGUGAUUUGCGCAGAAGCGUUAGAAAACCUCGUUCAGCCAUCCAUCCCUUUUCUGUAUUUGCGUAUCAGCAAAUUGACUUUUUCCAUCAUGAGUGCUCAUCUCUGUGUCCACUGUCACACGUACUCAUUAGAGAGCUCAGAUGAAUUCUUAAAAUUAAAAAAUUUUCCGCAGGACUAAUUUUGUUUCUUUGUGUAGUUUGCAUUGGGUAUUUAGUGCUUGCAAUUGUGUUAAAAUCAGAAGCUGAUUUUUAAGGCAUACGUGAUUAGGGAUGCCAUUCUUUUGUUUUGUACCAAUAAUUUAAAAAUUGAUAUGCUAACAACAAUUUGCACAGCACUAAAGCAUGAGCUACGUUUCAUCUAAACCUGUAAAAAAUAUAAAAGAUUUUAUAUUUUUUUUCACUGGGAAGGAAUUCUUCCUGGAUGGAAUUAAAAAUAUGUGUAGAAUAUAUUUAAUAAAAAACUUAUGAAAUACCUAACUAUAGAACUUAAAUAUAGAUUGGCGUGUAGUAUAUAGGACAGUAUUCCAUAUAAAUAACUGUAGCCUUUAUACAAAUGAAGUUGCAGGCUGACAUGAUGUUCUGUACUGAAAAGUGUCCACGGCCCUUACAAAUAGCAGGUGUAAAAGGUUUCAGAUGGUCAGCUUUGUUUAAAGGUAACCAGGUUAUUUUAUUCAUUGUUAAUGCUUUGAUGAAAAGGCUUUAUAUGCAGUAGAUCUACGAAAAUACUGUUCAUACUGAUCAGAAUUAAAUUUGUAUAGAGCAGAGUUUUAAAAUGAAUGUAAAUAGCACUAAACAUUUUCUUUCUGCAACCUGUACUUAUAGAUUCUUUCUGUAAACUAAAUAAAACAAAAUAUUGUAGUGCAUUUUGGUGGUAAUUUUAAAGGUCUUGAUUAGGUUGAUAAUUGUUUAGGCACUGUCUCAUCCACGUUAAAAUUGUUCUGUUUUUAUUUCUGAAUCUUUAAAGAUGGUUUCAGAUAUUCUCUUGUUAGUUUUGGGAGGAGUCCCAAUGUGUCUUUGGUAUUUAGCCGGGUUAAUUUGUGCACAGUCAUGACAAUGAGUAGAACUGUGUAGUCUCUGUAAUCACUAAAAUGUUCUCUUCAGGAGGUGUUAAAUAAUUUAUUUGCUUUGUUGACUAGCUCAAAUGUGAAUUCUCUUAGUGUUGACUGAAGAAGAGUCUGGUAGUUACUUAAUUGGGCCAUUCUUUCUGAAUACAAACUACUGGUAAUUAUUUUUAAUACUUAUUUUAAUUCUAAUUACUCUUCUGUUUUUGCAGAGUUAAAGACUAUCAGUUAAUUACAAUUGAAAUUUUAUGAUGGUUAACAAAUAUUCUCUUGGUUUUCAAUGUAUUUUUCUAUAUGUUCCCACAUUAUUAUAAAUUUCCCUUUACGAGACCUCAAUUUAGAGUUUGCAAAAUGGAUAAACUCGUUUAUUAGUAGAGAAAGAGUUACAUCACGUAAUACCUAAUACUGUUGUGCAAAAUGAAAAAAAAAGAAUAGCAGUAAAAUUAUAUACUGAAAACACCAAAAAUUUAGAUGCCUUAAUAGUGUAUAUGUGAAAAUACUCAGCUACCCCUUUUUAAAUAGUUCCUUUUGCUGCCUGAUGGUUAAAACUGAUGGAUCACAUCCAAGGCUCCUAUCGAAGAUCCCUCUGCUGAAAACAAUGGCUCACUCACCGAAAGGGGGCGCCACCGAGGCCUGGUCCUCCACAGAAAGCCUGGGUCACAGGCCUGUGGCCCUCUCUGGCACUUGGCAUUUAACUCAUGUCUUUUACCUAAAUUGUCCUAGACUUUUGUGUUCUUCUUUAUUAAAACCUUAGCAUGUCUCCUUGAUCUGAAUUAUUUGUUUUCUCUUCAAGAUAAGUUUAUCUAAUCAUGAAAAAUACAGAAUCCAACGUCAUCAGUCACAUUAAAUGAGGCUUUCUCAUAACAAACGUUUAUCCUUAGUUCUCUGUUCCAUCUUGACCGAUGUUACACUGAUUUAUGUUACCUGAUUGUGGCAAACAAUGUUUAAUGUGAAAAGAAAUUAAAACUUUCUUCUCAUCUGUUGUA